CUGGCAUGGUGUCUCGUAAAGAAAGGUUGAAAGUAAUCAGACGGAUAUAAGUAUCUAGCAACAGAGGGUUAGCUAGCUAUUUGAGAAGAAACCAAUUUUAAGUGCCAACGUACUCUUUCAAGAAAGCAUCUUCGACUGAAUCGGAUAUCUACAUUUUUGUGUAGUCAUAUCAAUGCCCAAUUGUGAUAUUUAGCUAGCAUGGUGUUACAAAGGAAACAUUAUUACAUUAACUUGUUGUAGCUAGCUAGCAAGCUAACGUUAUUACGAAGUUACACAGAAGGAUACAAACUGAUUAAACAAAGCUAGCUAACGUACUACGAGCUAGUUAAAUACAGUAGUUUGUCAAGCAAAGAAGAGAACAAAACAUACAUUUGGGAAAUUGUAAUAUGAAAGAAGACGUGUCGGAGAAAUUAGGAUUUGUCCCUCAAAAAGACAUCGUCUACAACAAACUUCUGCCAUACGCGGAUAUAUUAGACGAGGAAUCCAAUGACAUUUUGCGUAAAAUCAAAGGAAACUUGGGCCGGGCUGUCCAGCUUCGAGAGAUAUGGCCGGGUGUCUUGUUUUGGACAAGGAAACUUUCCACGUACAUGCGGUUGUACGGCAGGAAGUUCAGCAAGGAGGACCAUGUGCUGUUCAUCAAGCUGCUGUACGAGCUGAUCACCAUCGACAAGCUGGAGAUCAGUAUGAUGCAAGGCCUCGCCCGGCUACUCAUCAACCUCCUCAAGAAAAGAGAGCUGCUGUCGCGGGAGGACCUUGAGUUGCCUUGGAGACCCCUGUACGAGCUGCAAGACAGGAUCCUCUACUCAAAGACUGAACACCUGGGCCUAAACUGGUUCCCCAAAAAACGAGCCGUGAAAAAAAAACAGAUCAGAAAAUGUGCAAUGCCGCUGCUGCAGUACAAAAAAAGUUCCCUACGGCCUCGUGCUUCCUCUAAACACGUAAUGAUAAAAUUGUUUCAGAGGUGCUCGGUGGAAAACGUGUUGAAAACACUUGUGAAAAGCUGCAGACCGUACUUCCCGGAGUCGGCCACCCAGGAGAUGUUGGAGGAGUGGCGUCCACUGCUCUGUCCGUUUGAUGUGACCAUGCAGAGAGCUAUAGGAUACUUUGAGCUCUUCCUCCCCACCACCCUUCCCCCAGAGCUGCACCACAAGGGCUUCAAGUUGUGGUUUGAUGAGCUCAUCAGCUUGUGGGUGGCAGUACAGAACCUUCCAGGUUGGGAGGUGCAUCUUGUCAACCUGUUUGCCCGCUUGGCCAACGACAACAUUGGCUACAUUGACUGGGACCCUUAUAUACCGAAGAUCUUCACUAGAAUCCUACGUAGUCUGAAUCUCCCGGUGGGGACCAGUCAGAUGCUGGUUCCCAGAUACCUGACAAACGCCUACGAUGUCGGGCACGUGGUCCUCUGGGUCUCCGCUUUACUGGGAGGCCCCACUAAGCAAGCCCAGGCACAGCUCAGUGGCCUUUUCAACAGCAUCACAUCUUUCUUCCACCCAUCCAACCAUGGACGCUGGCUGAUGAAGUUGAUGAAGCUGCUGCAGCGCCUCCCGGCCAGCGUGGUGCGCCGGCUCCACCGGGAGCGCUACCGGAAACCCACGUGGCUCACGCCGGUACCGGACAGCCACAAGAUGACGGAGGCAGACAUCACGGCAUUCGUGGAGAGUAUGAUGCAGCCGGUGCUGCUGGCCAUGUUCAGUAAGACGGGCAGUCUGGACGCUGCUCAGGCCCUGCAGAACCUGGCCCUCAUGAGGCCCGAACUCGUCAUACCACCAGUGCUGGAGAAAACCUACCCUGCUAUGGAGACACUGACAGAGCCCCACCAGCUGACUGCCACCCUGAGUUGUAUGAUCGGCGUGGCUCGCAGCCUGGUGUCUGGGGGCCAACGCUUCCCCGAGGGGCCCACACACAUGCUGCCCCUCCUCAUGAGGGCCCUGCCCGGGGUCGACCCCAACGACUUCAGCAAGUGCAUGAUAACGUUCCAAUUCAUUGCUACGUUUGCGACUCUUGUGCCUUUGGUGGACUGUUCAUCUGCUGUUCAUGAAAGGAGCGACCUGACAGAGGUGGAGAGAGAGAUGUGCUCAGCCUCUGCAGAGUUUGAGGACUUUGUUCUUCAGUUCAUGGACAGGUGUUUUGCCCUGAUAGACAGCAGUACUCUGGAGCAGACCAGAGAGGAGACCGAGACAGAGAAGAUGACCCAUCUGGAGAGCCUGGUGGAGCUGGGACUGUCUUCUACCUUCAGUACCAUCCUCACACAGUGCUCCAUAGACAUCUUCAAGGUGGCUCUGGAGAAGGUCUUCAACUUUGCCACCACCAACAUCUUUGAGACUCGUGUGGCUGGCAGGAUGGUGGCUGACAUGUGCAGAGCAGCCUCCAAGUGUCACCCGGCACAGUCUCUGAAGCUUUUUGUGCCCCACUGCUGCAAUGCCAUAAACCAGAUCGCUGUCAAUGAAGAGGUGUUGAGUGAGGAGGAACUGGAUAAGGAGUUACUAUGGAACCUCCAGCUACUGUCAGAGGUGACUCGUGUAGACGGGGACAAGAUCCUCCCUUACUGCACCCAGCUGGUUCAGAUACUGCAGCUGACCCUCCAUCUGAAGUGUAAACAGGGCUACACCCUGGCCUGUAACCUGCUGCAUCAUAUCCUGAGGUCAACAGCCCUCAUCUACCCCACAGAGUACUGCAGUGUUCCAGGAGGCUUUCAGCAGUCCACACAGGACUACCUACCCAUCAAGGACUGGGGUCGUCCGGGGGACCUGUGGAACCUGAACAUCCAGUGGCACGUCCCCAGUGUGGAGGAGACCCGCUUUGUGUUCUACGUUCUUGACCUGAUCCUACAGCCAGAGCUGCUCCGACUGCAGAGAUACGCCCAGGGGGAACAGGACAUGACCAGGGAUGACGUCCUACAGAGUUUGUCCAUCGUACAGCACUGCCUUCUGGGAGCAGGUAGCCUGUUGCCCCUGCUGCAAGGAGAGCCCAUCCCUGAACUGGUGACUAGCUUGGUGAAUCUGGGGGAGACCAACCUCUUCACAGGGAUGGCCGAUGAUGUGUCCAGAGAAAACUACAGAGAUGCUAUCUGCAGAGUGAUGAGGCAGCUGCUACAUCACAUUCUGGAGCACUCAGAGGACGACACCAAGUCUCUGUUCUCCAUCAUCAAGAUCAUCAGUGACCUGCUGCACUUCAAAGGCUCCCACAAACACGAGUUUGACUCUCGCUGGAAGAGCUUCAACCUGGUCAAGAAGUCCAUGGAGAACAGGCUUCAUGGCAGGAAGCAGCACAUCCGAGCCCUGCUAAUUGACAGAGUCAUGCUACAGCACGAGCUGCGUAAGCUAACAGUGGAGGGGUGUGAGUACAGGAGUAUCCACCAGGAACUGAUGCGGGAUCUGCUGAGGCUCUCCACCAGCACCUACAGUCAGGUGCGUAGCCGGGCUCAGAGUGUGCUGUUCACAGCUCUAGGGACCUAUAACUUCUGCUGCAGGGACCUGAUCCCCCGCGUGCUGGAGUUCCUGGAGCCAGACCGCGCCGACGUCACACAGCAGCAAUUCAAAGGUGCCUUGUACUGUCUCUUGGGGAACCACAGUGGGGUGUGCCUGGCCAACCUGCAUGACUGGGACUGCAUCACCCUGACCUGGCCUGCCAUCGUCCGCUCAGGCCUCAGCUCAGCUAUGUCCCUGGAGAAGCCCUCCAUCGUCCGGCUGUUCGACGACCUCGCUGACAAGGUCCACCGUCAGUACGAGACCAUCGGCAUCGAAGUCGCUAUCCCAUCAGCGUGUCGUGCUGUGGCGGUACAGCUCCAGACCUCUGGUGUUCCCCUUCCCCAGGACCCUGUCCCCUCAGAUAAAGAAGAAGCAGAGGGCCUCAGGAAGCAGGAGGAGAAGAACCUCGACUCAGUUCAGAAAUAUGAGAGUCUGGUUGGUGAACUUCUGGACUGCCUCAACGACAGAAACAUGCCCUGGAAGUUUGAGCACAAUGCCAUUGGCUUCAUGUCUCUGUUGCUGAGAGAUGACCACCCUCUCCCCUCCCCCGCUGUCCUCUUCUUUGUCAAGAGCCUCAACCACGACUCCCUCCUGGUCCGCAAGUUGGCGAUAUCAGCCGUGGCAGGGAUCAUGAAGCAACUCAAGAGGCCGCAUAAAAAAGUGCCAGUCAGCCCCAACGAGCUCUGUGGUCUAAAGGAGCCGGCUGGUAUAAUAGCAGGAGACAGGCCUGAUAACCAGUGGCUCCAGUAUAACAGUAGCAGUCUGCCUCGUACCCAGCAGGACUGGGAGGGCUGUACAUUUGUAGAGAAGACCCACUGGGGAUACUACAGCUGGCCACAGAAACUCAUGAUGUACUCUCCCUCUGAGGAGCAGCCCAAACAAGGACUGACCAGAGAGGAGAUGACAGAGCGAGAACAGAUCAUCUACGACCACUUUUCAGACCCAGUGUUCAUCAACCAGCUGAUUGAGUUCCUCUCUCUGGAGGACCGGAAGGGCAAGGACAAGUUCAGCCCCCGCAGGUUCUGCCUUUUCAAGGGUCUGUUCCGUAACUUCAACGAUGCCUUCCUGCCCGUGCUGAAACCACACAUGGAGCGUCUGGUGGCUGACACACACGAGAGCAAACAGCGCUGUGUAGCAGAGAUCACCUCUGGACUGAUCAGAGGCAGCAAGCACUGGAGCUAUGGCAAGGUUGAGAGACUGUGGGAGCAGCUGUGUCCUCUGCUCCGUACAGCUCUAAACAACAUCACUGUAGAGACCUACGCUGACUGGGGCACCUGCAUCGCCACUGCCUGUGAGAGCAGAGACCCCAGGAAGCUCCACUGGCUGUUUGAGAUGCUGAUGGAAUCUCCAGUCAACGGGGAGGGGGGAUCCUUUGUAGACGCCUGUCGUCUGUAUGUGCUGCAGGGAGGCCUGGCUCAGCAGGAGUGGAGAGUCCCUGAGCUGCUCCACAGACUGCUACAGUACCUAGAGCCCAAACUCACACAGGUCUACAAGAACGUCCGCGAGCGCAUCGGCAGCGUCCUCACCUACAUCUUCAUGAUUGACGUGAACCUGCCGUACACCCAGCCUACAGCCUCACCUCGCAUCAAGGAAUUCACAGAGCGUGUACUGAUGCGCCUCAAACCCCUGACGGAGGGGGACGAGGAGAUCCAGAACCACGUGGUAGAGGAGAACGAGGUGGGGGAGCAGGAUGAGAGGACACAGGCCAUCAAACUACUGAAGACAGUACUCAAGUGGCUGAUGGCCAGUGCUGGACGCUCUUUCUCCACGGCUGUUCCAGAGCAGCUCCAGUUGCUGCCACUGCUGUUCAAGAUCGCUCCGGUGGAGAAUGAUGACAGUUAUGAUGAGCUGAAGAGGGAUGCCAAGACCUGUCUGUCUCUGAUGUCCCAGGGACUGCUCUACACAGAGCAGAUACCACUGGUCCUACUGGCCCUGCAGGAGAUAGCGGGCAGCAGUUCGUGGCAUGCUCGCUACACGGUGCUGACGUACCUACAGAUCAUGGUCUUCUACAACCUGUUCACCUUUAUGAGCGACCAGGGAGCCGUCAACGACGUCAGAGCACUGGUCAUACGCCUGCUGGAGGACGAGCAGCUAGAGGUGAGGGAGAUGGCUGCCACCACUCUGAGCGGUUUCCUCCAGUGUAACUUCCUGUCCAUAGAGGGCCCCAUGCAGAAUCACUUCGAGGCCCUCUGCAAGACCCGCCUGCCCAAGAAGAGGAAGAGGGAGUUGGGCUCUGUGGUGGACACCAUCCCCUCCGGAGAUCUGGUGCGGCGUCAUGCUGGAGUGUUAGGUCUGAGUGCCUGUAUCCUGUCCAGCCCCUACGAUGUACCCACCUGGAUGCCCCAGCUACUGAUGAACCUCAGUGCCCACCUCAACGACACACAGCCCAUUGAGAUGACGGUGAAGAAGACCCUGUCUAACUUCAGGCGGACUCACCAUGACAACUGGCAGGAGCAUAAACAGCAGUUUACUGACGACCAGCUGCUGGUUCUGACCGACUUGCUGGUCUCUCCCUGCUAUUAUGCCUAGAUACCUGGGCCCUGGUGCAACUUUGAGGAGAUUUUUAUGUUUCCUUGAUGCCCUCUUUGAGCCACUCGACAAUUCCUCACUCUGGGAAGGCCUCAGACUGAACAGAACAGGGCCCGUAUUCACAAAGCGUUUGAGUAGGAUUGCUAAUCUAGAAUCAGUUUUGCCUUUCAGAUAGUUUUGAAUACCAUUAUAUGGACAGGGCGGCCUGAUUCUCGAUCAGCACCGCUACUCUGAGACGCUGUGUGAAUACAGGCCCAUAACAGAACACACCAGCCUGCACGAGGGCAGAGGGAAGACUGAGGCCUCACAUCCAGGCCCCUGCCCUCUGGCCAGACCAACGGACAACACCUGGGUCCUAUUCAUCAGGCAUCAAACGGAAGAAAACAGAAUUAAAAACAGGGAGGAACUACCUGGGACUUGUCCAAUAAUAACCGCUUGUUUUUUGCGGGGUUUUCCUUUAAAAAAAAUGUUUCUAAAUGUUUUUCUAUGUUGUGCCCUAACAAAUAUGACCCUGUACCCUGAGGACCUUAAAAAGGGGGUUGGGGGGAACACAAAUGCGUAAUGGAUGAAUGGAUGGAAUAAAAGAGUUGUGUAUUUAGCGCUUAUUUACAUUUCUACUAUACUUAAUAUUUAAGGAUAAACCAUAGCAGGGAUGAUUGGCCUGCGGUUUGUAAUACUACUGUACAGUUUAUUUCUUUUGUUAUUUUUAUUUUCUUUAUUUGCAUGCUUGUGUUUAUGUGGAAUGCUUGAUGAUACCCGCAGGUUUCCCCCUACCUCUGGUCCACGGUGUAGUGUGCGUUCUUCCACUAAUGCACCACCACUUGUGGAGGAGUGCACGCUACGCCCUGGACCAGAGCUAGUUUCCCUCCCCAUACUAUUGCUCUCAGCUCAAAAUCCCAUCAAUGUUAUCAACUCUGAGCCAACUAACUAUUAUUCCAGUAGAGGGUAGAAACCGUACUGUCCCAGUUCUCCUAUAGUGAAGUGUUCUUAGCCACAGUCUGUAUGUGUUCAGAUUAGAUUGGGGAUGUAUCCCAAAUGGUACCCUAUUGGUUUUGGUGCACUACUUUUGACCAGGGCCCAUAGGGCUCUGUUCAAAAGUAGUGCACUGUAUAGGGAAUAGGGUGCCAUUUGGGACUUAGUUUAGAUUUGAACCUGCCACACACAUUUACGUACAUGACGUUUGUGUACAUUGUUUAAUCUAUAUAUGAUAUGUGCAUAUUUUAUUAUGUGUAUAUAGCAUAUGUAUAUAACAUAAAUGCACAAACAUGUAUUUAUUUAUUUAUUGGUUUGAAGUGCUGAUGUUUUUAUUAUUCUUAGAGAGAGUUGCUGGUAAUGAAAGAUUUUGGUUUGUGAUGAACUAGGUUGUUCAGCUUUUUAGUGACCGAGCUUUUGAUUUCAUCCUGCUCUUUCAUGGGCAAUGCUAUAUAUGCAGUAGAUGAAGUUUGUGUGUGUGUGUUCAUUCCCCAAGGCUGUAUGUGUGUGCUGUGUUCAUUCCCCAAGGCUGUAUGUGUGUGCUGUGUCGAGCUGAUGAACGCAGUUUGAUCAUCAUGGCAUGCGUCUAAACGCCUCUCAAAACCCCAAGGGACUGUUUUCCCGGACACAGAUAAUUGGAGGGUCUCCAUUGAAGCAAGGCUUUUCAAGGACAAAAAAAAGCCAAAGUCCAGGUCUAGGCUAAAUCUGUGUCCGUGAAACCGGCCCAAGGAAUAACCAAACCUCCUGUCCACCACCUUAGCAUCGCACCCCUUCCUCUUCUGUACUCUACUCCGCAAUACAAUAUUAUUCUCCAUUCUUUUUUAAAAACCCUAGUGAGAGAGAGAUUUAUUUUUGGUUCAAUAUUUUGUUUUUUCAUGAAGACUUGAAAAGCUAGUCUCAUUGAAGCAUCGGUUCAGUUUAGUACCUCACUCCUGUAUAGUGUAGUGCCAAAACUGCAGUGAUUUUUUUUUUUUAGAUGUACUGUUUGCUUAUAUUUAAUGAAGAAAAUAAAAGAAAUAAAUGGGUUGCUUGUAA